CAUUCUUAAUACAUGGCCAAUAUAUCGCCGAUCGUAUUACCGUUGUGCCAAGAGCAAGGAAGAGAGAUAUAUUGAUCGAUAGGUGGAGGGGGAGACGAUUUCGUAAUUUCAUUUGUUUUUUCUUUAUCAGUUUUCCUUGUAAUUCACCGUAUGCUUUCUUCUUCCUAGGAAAUUUAUCAAGAUGCGGAAAUAUAGACUUAUCAUUAAUUAUUAGAUUCUUUGCUAACCAGAGUCGAUACAUUUGUUUACAUUAUCAUGUAGAAAGAUUCACUUUAACGCUAGGAAUUGCAGCUGACAAAUUUUCUCAAUCGCAGAUCAACAUGUUGCUUCUGAUGAGCAUGCGCAGUUGAUACGAGAGUUACAUAGAAUAUUGGAAAGAUGGCGGAGAUGUAAAGAAUCUAACAAUUUAUAGCAUUUAUAUAAGAUUAUGAAAUCGACGGAUUAAUUACUCGGAUUAUGCGGACUAUAUGCGGAUGGUUUUGGCGGAGAUAAUCUGCACAUUUAGUUAUGUCGUUAGCAGAUUUCCUGUAUUUCUCACACUCUUAUGAUUUUUUCAAAGUGUGUGGAAUAGUGGAAUCAACAGGCGUGUGUGAGGUAGUGAAAUGCCUUAGUAUUCUUAUGUGGUCAUUAUUAAGCCAAACAUUACGCAGUAAAAAUACCAAGUUUCCUCUAGGAUAGCCGGAUUAUCCAUAAAACACAUUUUAAUGUUUUUCCAACGCUUUCCGUUAUUUCAACCUUUUUCUGAACUAUGGUAACUAUCCUUGGUCAUGAGGUCUUGCUAUUUGAAAAGCCGAGAUUGUGUAAACAAGGUAUCCUCAUUACCAUUGUUUACUUUCUGAUGUUUAUUAUAAAAGAGUGUUUGUGUGUAGAAUUAAGUUGUUCACAAAAAUUCCCAUGGAUGGAUUUACCGUUUAAUUCGUGUACUACUACAAAUUUUUCUUAUGUACGAAAUCAGUGCCUUGUUUUGCGACAUAAUUUCAGUGAAAAAAUAUGUAAAUUGCCAAUUCAAAGCGAACAAAGAACGAGAGAGUUAAGGAAAAGUAUUUUUUUGAAUUUUUGUAAUCAAUAUAAUUUAGCUGAAGUGAUGUCAGAUAGUGAUAUAUUAACACAUAUAGAAGGUAGAAAUUGUGUGGAAAUUUUAAGGAAAAUAGAGUGUCGCGAUUCGCUGGCUGAAGCGAUGUACAAUCAAUUUGCUGAUUUGUUGACCCGCAUGGACUGUCAAAAGCCUUAUUCUGUCAGCUGGAAUUGUACACACUGUUUGCAUUCUUAUAAAAAAUGGACGUGUUCUAGACAGUUUUCAUUAUUCAAUGGUGAUAUAGAAAUUCCUCCCUGUAACGAUAUAUGUGAAAAUGUUCAAAACAGGUGUCCAUUCUUUCGUCCAAGUAUCAAUACAGUUCAUGCCGGUGAACCAUCAUUUUUAUGCAAAUCUCUGAGGGAAGCGGCAAAUGAUAGUCUUUCUAAUAACGAUCAGUGUUAUCGAGCAUGCUAUUUAGACUUUGCAUGUUUACCCUUGGAAAUCAAACCAGAAGUUGUAACCUCAAACUCCUCAAUACCAUCAAACUGCUGUAGUCAUCAUAUAUGUAAUUUUUGGACUAAUGUGAUAGGCUUGUUUUGUUUGUGGUUGGUUAGAACUUUCAUACAAUAUAUGUCCAUAGGAUUAACAUAGCUUAUGUACUAUAGUAUAGAAUAUUUAUAUAAUUUAACAAAAGGGAUAAUGUUUUGUAAAUACAAAGUGUAAAUGAUAAGAAAUGUGUGUUUAAUAGUGAUAAAUAAAUAAAUAUAUAUAUAUGUAUGUUCUAUUUUGAAUGACAAAUGUGAAUUGGUGAAAUCAAAACAUGUGUAUAACAGUUUGAUAUUUAGGUUGGUUAGUUUUAUAAUACAUGAUCAUACAUUUCCAGUGUCGCGAGACUACAUUAAUAAUGUGUGACAAAUCAAUUUUUAAAACAUCAAGCGCUGUCUAGCUAUUUAUUCUUUGAUGAAAAAAUCAAAAAUAAAAUAAUAUUCUUCAGUUUGCUGUAAGAACAAUUGAUCUACGGUUUCUUUGCACCUCGUUAGUUUCGUGAUUUACUAUAACUUGGCAUUUGUAAACCGCAUAGACAACCGCAGCAAUGCAUUGGGUAUAGCAUUUACAAAUUAUUUCAUAAACUUCAGCUGAUUUGCAGUUCAUCUGUUAAUUAUAAAUUAUCACAUCAUCUGCUGAAAAGUUAUUUUGAUUUACGAGCAGAUUUUAUUCAAAGAAUUGUAUUUCAACCAUCAAAGUAAUUUAAGUACUCCCGUGUGCAAACAAUUUCCAGAAAAAUCUGUGUAUAUAUACUGAACCUUAAAGUACUGAUCAUACACUUUUAAAAUAACGUCGCUCAUGCUGCUGUUUGCAUUAAUUGAAGUUCCUGAACCAGCAUUACCAACAUAAUUAUCUUUGUAUCAUUCAUAUGAGGAAAUAUAUAUCUCUCAAACAUGUUGAAUACAUUUAAUAGACAAUCUUUUUAAACUAGUCUUUUUCGUUAGAAUUUUUAAUUUUAUAUCACAAAUAUCUCCGAGCAGGCAUGUAAACAGCUUAGCAUAAUAAGCUAUUGUUAGUUUUGUUUUGCAUUUUCUAUAUUCCCUCUACAAUGAAAGGACAAGAAUUAUGGCAUUAUAAAAUUAGUCAGUUAUGAUCGUUUUCCUUGGUUCCUUUUUCCAUACAUUCCUUCUUUGUAAUUAUCAAAGCCUAACAAAAAUCUUAUGUUAUGUUAUUUAUUUAUUUAUGGGUAUUAGUUUACAGUGAUCAAGUCUUUGAAGGCAUUUUUUCAUACUGCAUUAGUGAUUAUUGCCAAUGCAUCACACAUAACGUGAUAAUUGCGAUACAACUAUACUGUUACAACAAGUGAUAAUCUGCAGUUACAGACUUGUGGUAUUCUCUAAAAUCUAGACGAUUAUUACAAAAUCAUAUGAACAACUUAAUGAGUCUUUUCCUUGCCCAAAUGAUAAAGUUAUGUUUGCUUUUGUUGCUGUUUAUUUUUGAAAUGAUAAGAGUGUAAAUUAUAACUAUUGAGGCAAGCUGAUAGUUACCUGAGAUCAAAAUAAUACAAUGCUAAUCUAUUUAUAAUGUGUUCACCAUCUUCCAUAUAAUUUUUUUGCAGAUAAAUAAAUAAAAAGAUAAGUAAAAAGUGGUAAUGCAUUUCAAUGUCAUUUAUUUCAUUUGUUUUGAUUUCCACUUUCAACGAUUUUAUAGUAAAUUUUUAAACCAUAGAGCUGAUAUUGCAAGUUUUGAAAUUUUUAUCAUUUACAAUUGAUAUUUACAUAUAACUGCUCAUAUUUGUUCAGGAUAUAACGCCUAGUUUCAGCAAUAUAUUGCAAUAACUACAUUGCAGCAGGUUCAGUAUAAGACAGGUUUUUGUAUGUAGUGAUUCUGUAUAUAAAAAUCUUGCCAGUUAUAGAGGUUUUGUUUUUAACAAUUUGAUUGUUAUUAUGUGAUAAUCAGCAUUUUUGUAUAGUUUUUGUUUGUUGAUUUAAUUAUAAGCAAUAGAUUUAUUAAUCAUGUUGAUACCUCGACAAACUAACUGGUUCAUGUGCUCACGGCCUUCCUGUAAGAUAAUCAUAUCAGAUUUCUUUUUGGUUUCGUUUUAUUGUGUAUAAAUAUUUGAUUUCAAACAAAAUUGUCAUUGUUUAUUGUUAAUACUUGAUAUAAACCUAACUGUCAAUGUCAGUUUUCGAGAGUUUUCUAUGAAACAACCAUCUCAUGUUGAUGUCUUAGCUUUGUUUCCAUUUUUUGUUUUGUUAAAACGUAAGACUACCAAUGGCAGAAACGGAAUCACCCAAACGUCUGUGUCAGUGACGUUUUGUUACCUGUCAGUGUAAUAUAGAAAAUUGUUUCCAUAGCUUUUGAAAUUUUCAUAACAACUUUUCUUCCAAUUUUGAAACAUUUUAAAAAAUAAAACCUAAAGUUUUGACAUUUUAUAGAUAAUAUUUAGUAAAGCCGAAGGAAGAACACUCGUGUAAACUAACAGCGUCAAAUUGGCUAUAAUCGUCUGCCGUUACAAUUCAAAUAAAAAAGACGAACAAAAACACCAAACUCAAAGGGAAAUUAAAAAAGUAGACAACAAUGAAACUGACAAAAUCAAACUGCAUGAACAAAACGAGUGAAAAAAAGUGUUUUGUGGAAACAUUUUAAUUGUUAUCGAGUUUAACUAGAUGAGAUGUGGUAUGAACGCUCUGUUUAUUAAGUUUUACAUUUAGACCAAUACAUUCUAAACAUACAGUUACUUAAAGAACGUUACAAAACUACAGUUGAGAAGAGUAUGCAUUUCCAUGCAAAAGAAGGAUAACUCUGCCACAUAAAUAGAUAUUUAUUUCCUUUAGAACAAUACAUAAAGUUACAUUUUUGAAUUAUUUUGUAAAUAUUUAUAUAGGGAAAAUUAGAUUAGUUUUAUAGUAGAAAAGAAAUGCUUAAUAUUCUUUGUGUCAAAAUGUUUAUUUAAAUAUUAUCAAAAGGUUUUUCUCAUUUAAUUGAGUCAAAAUAAAUACGAAUUGUCACUGACAUUUUUCUGUUAUUUUCCAUUAUUCAGUAUGGUUACCUCGUUUCAUAGUUAUAUGAUUUAUAACUUUGUUUAGUAGGAUAUAAGACCAACGACUGUCUUAUUUCAUAGUAAAUGACUAAACUUCUAAGAACGUGCAUUUCAUUUCCACCAAAUUCUCUAACCACCGAAGCAGCGUCUGUAAUUUUCCUUAUCAUGCCGGUUAAGAUUGACAUAUAUAAAGUUAAAGUUGGCCGUUUUCAAUUCAGAACAGGGAUCGUUUAAUUUCAAUUUUGAGAGCAGUUUGCGUUAUCAUGGUAUUUGGUAUCAAGGUAGUUCGGAAAUAAAUAUGAUUAUUUAAAUUAUUUAAAUUUAAACACUCAAUUUUCUACCUUUUUAAUAAAGUUCAUUUAUUUAGUAACCUUAUCAAGAUUUUUGUCUUUUAUUUUGUUUAGUCAGGAUCUUGAUUUUUCCGUUUCUUUAACUACACAAGUUUGAUUGGAAUUGCCACAAUUGGCAUCUUACCAAAGCGCUAAACUGAUAUUAAUGUGUUUACAAUUUAAAAUUCCAAUGGGUCGAACAAGUAAUACUGAAAAACGCCCAAACGAUAUUUGAACAUAAAUUGAUUGCUUUCCUGGUUAAUUUUGGACUCGAGUACUAAGUAUUAUAUAUUGUUGUGACAUGUGAUGUAUGAAUCUAUUCUUUAACUAUACCAUUAUAUAUCUGUGCUGAACAAACUAGUAUCUUUCGAAAUUAAACAUAUUCAAAUACAUUAAGGAAGACAACAGUUAGGUCUAUAUCAAUUCAAGACAUAAGAAACUAGGUAUAUGAGAGCAUAUUGUGUAUAAAAUUCACCUGGGCAAGUUGUGUAGAUUAUAAAAAUGAUUUUGUUAUAUGAUUAUCUAAUAUUUGCAUUUAAUGAAUGAAACAAAUCAGCUGAGAUGACAAGGCAAAGUAAAAAUUAUUCUGGCGUACUAAAUUAUAAUCGAGGUACCUUUGAUAACUAUUAUGAAUGAUAACGAUGCCGUUAAAGAAAUAAACCUUGGCUUUGACAAUUUUGAUUCAUAUUUUUUAAGGGAGUUUUGUUAAAUUUUUAAAAAAAGAACGCAUUUAAUUAAACAUACGCUACAUUUAAUUUGUUAACAAAUUAAUUCUAAUGAAACGAUUGUUUUAUCACCCAUCUUCUUACAAGUCUCUUUUGAUUAUGACAUCAAUAUUUUUUUUUAUAAAAAAUCACGACUAUAAUAUUCUAUAUCAGAAAUUGAAUUUACAUUAAAAAUAUGCAAUUUUCAAAAGUCAAGAUUAAAAACUUCCUUUUUUUCAUAUAUCAGUAAUGUAUGAAUAGAUGAAAAUAUCUGUCGAAUAUUAAAAAAUAUUUAAAUGAUAUUCAUACCACAUAAAUCAACACUGCUAAUAAAUUAAUAAAUGUAGUUCAACUUAACACGCGUCUUUAUGAUGAUUUUUUUUUAGAAAAUUCAAAUUCAUUAGCAACUUUGAUUUUAAUUUUGACAUAGUUUUGACAAAAUAUAUGUUCUUAAAAUUUUAGACAAGUUUAAAAUGAUUUAUGAUGAUAAAAUAAAUACCUCGUACAAAACAAUAUUUACUCGAAAUUUUCCAUUUGAAAUAAUCAACAUAAAACUGGCCUUGUCAGGUUCAUGGUAGUAUUGAAUGAUCAGCUCUCGUAGCCAAUAAUUAUAUGCAAAUGUUUAUUUGAAUAAAACAUGUUGAAAUGUUUGAGACUUUUUUGUUAUUAAUUAGCAGAUAAGUAAAGUAAGCAAAAAGCAUCUGUACUAUUUUUAAUAUAUACACAAUCAUU